AUGAGUAAGCCACUGACUGGGACAGUGAUUAUUACAGGCAGCAAUGGCUCACUGGGAUCAGAGAUUGCAUUAGCUAUUGCAAAGUCUCAGCCUUGGGUCCAUCUACUUUUAACAGCCCGGAAUACAAGAGGCGAGGACCUCCACAUUUUGAUGAACAAAAUUCGACUCAUUGGACCACGAUCAGUCGAAGUACUCACCCUCGACCUCGACGACUUAAAAUCGGUUCUCGACUUCGCCCAAACUACCGUCGAGCGCGUGAAAAGCAAACAGAUUCCCCCGGUGGUGAGCCUGAUACAUUCUGCCGCUACUCUCUCCUAUACUAUCGAUGAUUUCACGCUGGACGGCUAUGAUCCAGUAUAUCAGACCAACUGCAUUGCUCCUUUUUUCUUGACAGUCGGUCUACUAGAGGCCUUCCACGCUGGCGAUGGAAGUCCUUAUGGAGCAGCAAAAGUCAUCAACAUUGGUUGCUCGGCUGCAACAUAUGGUCGACUAGAUUACUUCGAUCACGACCAAGGCCGAGAUCACCGGCCAGCAGGCACUUUGUUGAGUGCCAAAGAAGCAAGACUCCGGUUCGGCAGUAGCAAGCUAUUGUCGAGUGUCGCAUUAUAUGCACUGCGACGAAGUUUAGUCGAGAAUGCAAACAUCCCGCUCGAUAUAUUCACAUUAGACCCAGGAGGUAUCGUUGGUGAUAGCCACGGGCAAACUGGAGCUCCCCUAUCUGUUCGCGUCAAACACCAAACACGAUCAGGGCUUCGACCAUUUCUGCGCAUGGUAUCCCGAAGCUCGAUGAACAAGGCCAACGUCCCGGCAAAAGUGAUCGCCAAAAUUUCAUUUAAAAAAAGUGUGGUGGAUUAUGAAAGGGAACGAUAUUAUAUAUUGGAUGAUGAAUAUGAAGCUGGAUCUGUCCUGCGUGAAUUGCGCAAUAGGCCACAGAUGGGGACGUUGGUGAUGCAAAUGAUGCAACGGCUCGAGGGAAGCACGCCUUACCAAAAGGCUCCCUGGCCUAUCCUCGAGGCUCUAAUGCUUUCUCCAUCUCUCCUAACCGCCAGCUUCCAGCCUCGCACUCAACCCUCCCUCCGCCGUCGCCGCCAGCUUUUCCAACGAUUAUGCCUUGUCGGUGGGGUAUCCCUGCUUCUGAUCUUCUUCAUCUUCCCCUCGUGGCGCGCCGUUAUAAUUCCCUCCUUUUCCCUCGGUCUCUGGAGUGCUUCAGAAGACCUCCACCUCCAAACGGUUCGGUACUAUGAUCUGUCUGAAGUGCAGGGCACAGAAAAGGGCUGGGAGCGCGGGGAACGUGUUCUCAUGCUUACACCCCUACGAGAUGCCGCUCCGCAUUUACCCAUGUUCUUCUCGCAUCUCCGCAACCUGACAUAUCCUCACAAUCUGAUUGACCUUGCAUUUCUGGUUUCGGACUCGCGCGAUGAUACCCUUGACAUGCUGUCGACCAUGCUAUCGGAGAUCCAGAACGAUCCCGAUUCGAAGAUGACGUUUGGCGAGAUCUCCGUCAUCCAGAAGGACUUUGGUCAGAAAGUGCAGCAGGAUGUGGAGCACCGCCACGGCUUCGAGGCUCAGGCUAGUCGGCGAAAGCUGAUGGCCCAGGCGAGGAAUUGGCUUCUCAGCGCAACCCUUCGCCCGACGCACAGCUGGGUUUAUUGGCGAGAUGCUGAUGUACUGACGGCCCCAUGUACGAUUAUCGAAGAUCUAAUGCGACAUAACAAGGAUGUCACUGUACCGAAUGUGUGGCGGCCGCUUCCGGAUUGGCUAGGUGGAGAGCAGCCUUAUGACCUUAAUUCUUGGCAGGAAUCGGAGACUGCACUCGCACUGGCCGAUACUCUGGAUGAAGAUGCCGUGAUUGUAGAGGGUUAUGCCGAAUACGCUACAUGGCGACCUCAUCUUGCAUACCUGCGCGACCCCUACGGCGACCCCGACAUGGAGAUGGAGCUGGAUGGUAUUGGCGGUGUUAGUAUCCUGGCCAAGGCCCGGGUAUUUCGCGCUGGUGUUCAUUUCCCAGCCUUCAGCUUUGAGAAGCAUGCUGAAACUGAAGGCUUUGGCAAGAUGGCCAAGCGCAUGAAGUUCUCUGUAUUUGGACUGCCUCACUAUGUUAUCUGGCACUUUCUCGAUGUGGUCUUGAACCAGUUGAUUAUCAGCAAUUCUAUUAAACGGUGGUCUGUGCUUCCCGACGCGGUCAAACGCGUGUCUCCGAUCAUCUCCGAAUCAUCUCUCUCUCGCCAGCUCUCCAUUUCCCCAAUUGAUAGAGGCAUCAUUCUCAAGAUGUCGACCCAACAUUCACGAAGAAUUCUUUUCACACACACUCACCCUCAGCAGGGCUUCCGACUCCUAGAACUCACCCCAGAGCUAGAGGAACUGCUCUCUUCAAAAGACGCACCCGUUCUACAAAUAAAGUCUCCCUCGCCUGCACUCACCCUAGCCGUAGCAGACACAACCGCACAAGAAUACAUCAACCUAUGCACACCGACAAAAACAUACCGUAUCCGCCAGGUUCAAUCCUCGAACUCAAUCCACAUCAUCCUCCCAAGCCCGGGCCAAAUUUCAAAAGAAGACGUCAAAGUCGUCGAGGAAGCUGAUGAAAAUGGCGCAUUAGAUCUCCCCGACGAGGCAGUCACUACUAUUUCAAAGUGCGGGUCGACACUUGAACUGCACGUUCCAGCCGGUGGGUUCUCGGCCAUCCCACUGCUCGAAAAAAGCUUGCAAUUGUAUGAUCGGCGCGAUGGAGAUUUGGAUAAUGAUGCUGAAAUGGAGGACGAAUCUGACAUGAGCAACGCUGCGGUGCAGAAGCUCCGCGAUGACAUUUUCAACGAUAUUCCUGUUUCGACUGAACAGUGUGUGCAGGGUUGGUUGGAGCUUUGUGCUUUUGUGCACGGGAAUCAGGGGCUUGCGGGAUGGAGACCUUCUGCGAAGGCGCGUUUGAACGUGUGGAAGCGCAUGAUGGAGGGUGCGGCCUUGCAGGGGAUUGACGUUGAGAAGCAAUUCCUUGUCGGGGAUUUGUGGAAGUCCACUUUGGAUGAUGAUGAUGAUGACACAUCGGAGCCGUUUCCACGAGCUUUGCUUGAGGCUGUGGUGCGCAAGCUAUGUACAGCAGAUGAGCGGCCGUCUUGGACGGAAGAAAUCAGAUGGGCAAGCUUUGACAAGGUAGAAUGCGUGCGGUGGGUAGGCGAGACAUAUCUUGCUGCCACGGCUCCUUCGGCUUCGUCAGCUAUCGGGCGAAGUGAGUUCCUUCGUGCGUGGAAAGAUUGUCUUCCCGAGUCAUGGAGAAACGAGGCCACAUUAUCUAAAUUGCAAGGAGCUUACCAAAGCCCCGAUCCUAUGACUAUGUUCUUUGUUACGCCCUCGCAGAGACAAAAGGCAAUCGAGGUAUCAUCUGGCCCUCCUGCUGCUGCUGGCAAAGCUACCAGGAAUUGGCAUGAACUUCUCAAAAAUUCAAAAAGAUGA